UUUUCGCUACGAAUUUCGUGUGGUGUCGUGCUUUCCUGGGCGAGUUCUUGGCGGGGGGAAUCUUUGGGCGCCCGUGUAGCGGGGUUCUUGUGGCUGUUUGACGCGGCUGCACGCAAGAAAUCCCCGCUCGGAUUGUUUCUUGCCGCGGCCGUCAACGUCGGUCUCGGUGCCCGCUUCUGGGAUUCCUUGCGGAUCUGCUGCUUCGGCAGUUGCGAAUAACCUGAGGUACGUGUGGAGAGCUCAAGAGAGGAUUCUGUCUGUUUUCGGUGCGUGAAUAAUGGAGGAAGUGGAGGAGGCGAACAGGGCAGCCGUGGAGAGCUGCCACAGAGUGCUCGCCUUGCUCUCCCAGCCGCAGGACCCGGCACAGCUCAGGAGCAUAGCUCUGGGAACAGAUGAAGCGUGUGCCAAGUUUAGGAAGGUGGUCUCCCUACUCAGCAACGGAGGCGGAGGAGUAGGAGCAGGACCAUCAGUCGCAGGCGGGAGCUCAAGCCAUCCUAGAGCUAAGCUUGUGAGCAGAAGACAGAAUCCGGGGUUCCUCAGUCAGAAAGGCUUCCUUGAUAGUAACACCCCGGUGGUGGUGUUGAACAGCGCUCAUCCUUCGCCUAGUUCAGCGCAGGUGUAUCCUAGAACUGGAGCUUUGGAUGCACAGAGUGUGCACCCGCAUGGAGGACCUCCUAAGAUGGUCCAACCCUUGUCCGCGCAUUUUCAGUUUGGUAAUGUGUCAUCACGGUACCAGUUCCACAAUCAACAGCAGCAGCAGAAGUUGCAGGCUGAGAUGCUCAAGAGAAGCAACAGCGGCAUUAACUUGAAGUUUGAUAGCCCUAGCGGCACAGGGACAAUGUCGUCGGCCAGAUCCUUCUUGUCAUCGUUGAGCAUGGAUGGUAGUGUGGCCAGCCUGGAUGGCAAGUCAUCAUUGUUCCAUUUGAUCGGUGGGCCUGCAAUGAGUGACCCGGUGAAUGCACAGCAGCCCCCAAGGAGGCGUUGCACGGGACAUGGGGAGGAUGGGAGUGGCAAGUGUGCCGUCACAGGCAGGUGCCAUUGCUCAAAAAGGAGUAGAAAGUUGCGGGUGAAAAGGUCGAUUAAAGUUCCUGCCAUCAGUAAUAAGAUUGCUGAUAUACCUCCAGAUGAAUACUCAUGGAGGAAAUAUGGGCAGAAGCCAAUUAAGGGUUCCCCUCAUCCUAGGGGUUACUACAAAUGCAGCAGUGUGAGGGGCUGCCCAGCAAGGAAACAUGUUGAACGAUGUGUAGAUGAUUCAUCGAUGCUCAUCGUGACAUAUGAGGGUGAGCACAACCAUACUCGGAUGCCAACUCAAUCUGCACAGGCAUAGAGAACUCCUUGAUCAUCACACACUCUUCAGGAAGUGCCAGCAACCCAACCCUUGCAUUGUCGGCGAUCAACUGCUCCGGUCUUGUUAACAUGGAUUGCAAAUUGACAAAGAUGGAGCCAUUCUAGCUGUCAUUGUGUUGUUUGGCCUCCUCACCUACAUGUUUUGCAGCGAGAGUGAAGUGGGAUAGCACAAAAUUUUCGUCUCCCUUGUGGAGGUAUUAAAAUGAUGACGAUGAAGAACAAGCCGGUAGAUAGGACACCUGAGCUGUGCCCAGGGGUAGUGUUAAGAGUUGGAAGGGAAGAUAUCGUGCAAACAUGGAAAAAAAAGGGGGGAAUAGAGCAGAUCUUCUUGAAUCACCCCGAUUUCCCUCGCUCACUCUCCAUGUACCAAGAUAGUGUCAAAACUCAAAAAAAGUGCACAAAAGCUGGUUUGCUAUUAUAGCAAUUUUCAUCGCCCAAUGAUUAGUGAGGUUACACUCUCUUAUGAUCCUACACAAUUGUGGAUGAAAAUAUCUUUUUAUAAUAUGUAAAUGUUAUUUUCUUAUUGAAA